AUGUCUGCAUCUGUGGCCAUUGUUGACAACGUGGAAGGAGCGAUUUCCUUGUCAAAUAGGACAAAAUCUCUUGAUGCCCUAUCAUUUAAUGGUAAUGACCACCCAACCUCAUUGAUCAAUGGUGGAAUUGCUCGUACUUCUUCUGAAAUCACUGUCUUUAGAGUUGGCGAGUUCUUACUGUCCAAUGGGGAAUCUUAUUCUGGGGCCAUGCUUGGCAACACUCCUGAGGGUUCAGGGAAGUAUGUCUGGUCAGAUGGUUGCAAAUAUGAGGGUGAGUGGAAACGGGGGAUGAGGCAUGGAUAUGGAAAACUUCAAUGGCCUUCUGAAGCUUUGUAUGAGGGAGAAUUUUCAGGUGGUUACAUGCAUGGCAAUGGGACAUAUAUUGCAGCUGAUAAUCUGACUUAUAAGGGACGGUGGCGGUUUAAUCUCAAACAUGGGUUAGGACUUCAAACUUAUCCAAAUGGUGAUGUGUUUGAAGGAUCUUGGAUUCAGGGAACUCUGGAAGGACCUGGUAAGUACACAUGGGCUAAUGGAAAUAUGUAUUUGGGAAACAUGAAAGGAGGAAAAAUGUCAGGAAAAGGAACCCUUACUUGGAUCAAUGGGGAGUCAUAUGAAGGAAGCUGGUUAAAUGGCAUGAUGCAUGGAUUUGGAGUUUACACAUGGAGUGAUGGUGGAUGCUACGUUGGAACUUGGACACGGGGUCUGAAGGAUGGAAAAGGUUCAUUUUAUCCAAAAGGCAGCAAGCUUGCAGCCGGACAAGAUAUGUACCUUUCUGUUCUCAGAAAACGAGGGCUUCUGCCAGAUUUAAGAAGGCAAAAUCAAGUUUCACAUAUCCAGCAUGCUUCUUCCGUAAAUAUGGGAAAUUUCAAGAUUGGUGGAAACCGAGGAUCUCGUCGUAAUUCAUCUGAUAAGCUCUCGAAUGGAAGCCUGCUAAAUCUUGAGCGGUCUCGCACCACAAAUGUUUCCCUAGAAAGACGCUGGAGUCUUGAGGUAUCUAUCGAGAAAAUUAUUGGACAUGAUUUUUCCCUGGGUUUAUCUGAGCCUGUUUUAGAAGAUGGAGAAAAUGAGGAUGGCACUGAAACUCCAAUCCUGGAAAGAGAAUAUAUGCAAGGUGUCUUAAUUAGCGAACUUGUAUUAGACCAUUGUUUUUCACCAUCAUCCAAAAGGGCAAAAAGGCGACAAAAGAGACUUGUGAGGGAGGUAAAGAGGCCUGGUGAAGCAAUUAUAAAAGGUCACAGGAGUUAUGAUUUAAUGCUCAGUUUGCAGUUCGGAAUUAGGAACUUGAGGGAGCUGUUUAAGAUUAAUGCCGCUGAUUAUAUGAUGUCUAUCUGUGGAAAUGAUGCUCUUAGGGAACUAUCUUCUCCUGGGAAAAGUGGUAGUGUCUUUUUCCUGUCUCAAGAUGACCGUUUCAUGAUUAAAACGCUCCGAGAAGCUGAAGUGAAGUUUAGUUUUGUAGUAAUGGGCAAUAUGUUCUGCACUGAAGUAAGGAUCCAUCGAAGAUUUGAUUUGAAAGGCUCCUCUCUAGGACGUUCUGCAGAUAAGGUUGAAAUUGAUGAGAACACAAUACUUAAAGAUCUGGAUCUUAACUAUUGCUUUUAUUUGGAACCUUCUUGGCGUGAGGCUCUAUUAAAGCAGAUCGAAACUGAUAGUAAAUUUCUAGAAGAACAGCACAUCAUGGAUUACAGCCUUUUGCUAGGUGUUCAUUAUCGGGCUCCCCAACACCUGAAAUCUCGCAUGUCUUACAAUCGAAGUUUAACAGAUGGGUUAGGAAUCGUUGCAGAAGAAGGGGUUACUUGUGAAUUGGUGGUCAUGAUGAAUCCUCUGAUUACUGUUAUGCUGAUAUUGCCUUGUAUUGGCUGUCUAAAAGACCUACACCACAACAUACACUUGGCGAUGAUUAUUAAUCAGAAAACAGUGCUUGACCUUGAUCAGUUGGUUCUCGUCAAUGGUUUUGGACCUUGGGUCAAUUGCUAG